GCCUCUCCCCGCUCGCUGGCUUUUCGCCAGGAAAGUUACUCGGGAUCAUUUCAUUUGCCCACCCCCUCCUUCCUCUUCUCGCGGCAAAAGGCGGAGAGACCAACUCAUUUCCCGCUCGCAAUAAUUCUCUCUCGGUCUCCCCUUGUUCUCGAAAUCGACAGAUCUGCUGCGAUCGUGGUCCCGAUUGAUCGCCGUGCUUAGAUUUGGUUUUUGAGAAGGAGAGGAGAGGAGAUUUUUUUGGGGGUGUGAAGUCGAUCAAAGGGAUAAUUAAUGGCGUUCAGUGGAACUCUGCAGAAGUGUAAGGUUUGCGAUAAGACCGUUUACUUCAUGGACGAGCUGACCGCUGAUGGAAUCUCCUAUCACAAGGCCUGCUUCAAGUGCAAUCACUGCAAAGGCACCCUAAAGCUAAGCAAUUAUUCUUCAAUGGAAGGUGUUCUAUAUUGCAAGCCACAUUUUGAUCAGCUCUUCAAAGAGACAGGCAAUUUCAGCAAGAACUUCCAGUCAGCUGAGAAGCUAACUCCAGAACUAACAAGGUCGCCUAGUAAGGCUGCUGGCAUGUUUUCGGGGACACAAGAAAAAUGCGCCACUUGCAAUAAAACAGCAUACCCUCUUGAAAAGGUGACUGUCGAAUCACAGGUAUAUCACAAGUCCUGUUUUAAGUGCUCCCAUGGAGGCUGCGCUAUAACUCCCUCGAGCUAUGCAGCACUUGAAGGCAUCCUCUAUUGCAAGCACCAUUUCUCCCAGCUUUUCAAGGAGAAGGGAAGCUAUAACCAUCUUAUUAAGUGUGCUUCCAUCAAGCGCACAGCGAGCCCUGCUCCAGAACCGUGAUAUUGCAUUGCUCAUUGAGAGUAGAAAAAAAAAAUUCAAAUAUUUUCCACCAUCUAUGCUGGUUAUCCUUGAAGUCGCAGCCUUCUGCUUUGUUUUGUGUUGCUUGCAAGAACUAUAUGUAACAAUGUGUGCUCUUAUCUGUUGAAAUGUCUAUGAUGUGUGCUUUUAGAAUGGUUGUUGCAAUGGUUUUCUGUGCUGAUACAAUGCGGUAUUGUCGAUAAUCAUCUACUUUGCUAGGAUCCUUGGAUUGUGCACUCUUUUAUGAUCAAGUUCAGUAACGUCCUUUCUUCAUCUUCAAAAGUUGUGGCCUUCAUUUUUCCUAGUUGUAAUAAAAAGGCUACAUUGAGAAUGAACAUAUGUAUAUUUUACCACAUUGAGAAUCUUCUUAUUGUUCA